GGUCCGCCCAUUACGAUGAAGUGUUUGUGCCUGUUAGUGCUUUUUCUGUGUUUGCGGUGCGAAUGUGCCGGCAGCAAGCCGCGCAGAGGACGCGGCAGCAUGUGGUGGGGCAUAGCUAAAGCAGGGGAACCAAAUAAUCUAUCACCAUUAUCGCCUGGGGUUCUUUAUAUGGACCCAGCGGUCCACGCGACGCUGAGACGGAAGCAAAGAAGACUAGCAAGAGAAAACCCUGGGGUUCUAGCAGCAGUUGCUAAAGGAGCAAAUAUGGCGGUAACGGAAUGCCAACACCAGUUUAAGUACAGAAGGUGGAACUGCUCCACCAGAAAUUUCUUGAGAGGGAAGAAUCUAUUCGGCAAAAUUGUAGAUAGAGGGUGUCGAGAAACAGCGUUUAUUUACGCAAUCACCAGCGCUGGUGUAACACAUGCAGUAUCACGCGCAUGCGCCGAAGGUUCCAUAGAAUCCUGCACGUGUGAUUAUUCGCACGUCGACCGUGCACCCCACCGUUCAAGAGCUGCUGCCGCCGCCAACGUUCGCGUCUGGAAAUGGGGGGGAUGCAGUGAUAACAUUGGCUAUGGUUUCAAGUUCAGCAGGGAAUUUGUUGACACCGGCGAGAGAGGCAAAACUUUAAGAGAGAAAAUGAAUCUACAUAACAACGAGGCUGGGAGAAUGCACGUGCAAACGGAGAUGCGGCAGGAAUGCAAGUGCCAUGGUAUGUCAGGCUCUUGCACGGUUAAGACCUGUUGGAUGCGGCUACCAAGUUUCCGUUCGGUCGGCGACUCAUUGAAAGACCGCUUCGACGGGGCAUCGCGAGUGAUGGUGUCUAACACGGACCUCGAAACGCCAGUGCAACGAAACGACGCAGCCCCACACAGGGUGCCUCGCAGGGAUCGAUACAGAUUCCAACUGCGCCCGCACAAUCCCGACCAUAAAUCACCGGGAGUCAAAGACCUCGUCUACUUGGAAUCGUCGCCUGGUUUCUGCGAAAAGAAUCCACGUUUGGGUAUACCCGGCACCCACGGGCGUACUUGCAACGAUACUAGUAUCGGAGUGGACGGCUGCGACCUCAUGUGCUGCGGCCGCGGUUACCGGACUGAGACCAUGUUCGUAGUGGAACGGUGCAAUUGUACAUUCCAUUGGUGUUGUGAAGUGAAAUGCAAAUUGUGUCGCACGGAAAAAGUGGUACACACAUGUUUAUAGGUGCGUUAAUCACGAGUCACAUGUAAAUGAACACUUAGUGCCUCCAGCCAGUGACUCGAAUAAGACUUUAUGUACAGAGACUGAUCGUUUGACUUAUGUAAAUAACUGUUUGUAACGGAAUUAAUUCUAAUUUAUCCGGUAUGAAAUUAAAAUAUCCGAGUGAUUUUCUCAACAAAUAAUGUGAUCUAGUAUAUUUACACUGACGUUCAGAGACUAAUGAGACCAGUUUAGUGCGAUUUAUAUCUUUGAAUUUUGUCAUCUAUUUACAAUGUUCGGACUGGACUUAUUGGUGUCCUAACAGGGUGAGCGCUUGACUUGAGUAUCUGUUAAUCGAUAAUAAUUGUAAGACUACUUUAAGUGGUAUUUCUUAAUAUCAUUUCUAAGUUUUUAAUUUAUUCCUAAUGCUAUGUUAUACUUUAGUACAACAUAAAUAAUAAUUUCGAAUCAUAUUUUCGUUCAAUUUAUAAUUUAGUGUCGAGUUUAUCGCGUUAACCGUUUUAAGACAGGAGCGAAAUUAUCUUGUAAUUAUAAUUUUAUAUUAAUUGUGGAUUUAUUUAAGUGAGAUUGUGACUUAAGUGCAUUAACAUAAAGUGGCUUCUUGGGUGUUCAGAGGUGAAGCCGCCCUUAUCAGUGAAUAAGUAGCACCAUCGUAAAAGUGUCCCAUAUUACGAGAUAAACGCUCCCGAGAAUUUUAAUUAAAUAUUAAAAGAAUUAAAUAAUCAGUAUUAUAAUAUUGUGUGCGUGCAGCGUCUAUACAAAGAUAAAGAACGGAGUUGGACAGUUAUAGAUUUUAAACAGUUAAUUUAUUAAAGCAUGUAUAUUACAUUUUCUGAAGGGUUUCCAUUCUAAAAGUGCAUGUCAGCUAUAUCAGCCUGUCAAAUGUUUGACACACCAAAUGACGGCAUUUUAUUGGUCAUUAGUGGUUUAGAUAUUCUAAUAGUGACAUUUGACAGACUGUCAGUUCAGUUAACAAACUGUUGAUUAGGAAAAGGCGCAAAGCUUUUAACACGACCACAGACUGCCUUCGAUAAAGUAUUCAUAAUUUAUAUAACUUAAUAGGUGUACA